AUUCUGGUCUACACUGGUCGAUUAUCUACACUAUGGCAUCACAAAUCACACUGCAUCACCUGAACGCCUCAAGAUCAACUCGGAUCUUCUGGGUCCUCGAGGAACUAGGUCAGCCGUAUGAUGUCCGAGUCCAUUUUCGAGGCCCGACUAGACAAGCGCCGCAGACGCUGAAGGACGUCACGCCCUUUGGCAAGGCUCCAGCCGUCGAGCUUGACGGAGAACUCCUGGUUGAGUCGGGCUACAUCAUCGAUCGCAUCUUGGAUCUUUUCCCUCCAGGAUCAGACGUUGAGUCUGUUCCGUCGAACAACUCGAAAUUCUGGAGCCAUUAUUGCGAGGGCAGUCUAGUCAAUUACUUCCAGAUGAGCGCCACUCUCCAAAUCACCAGUGCGGGAUGGACAUCUGGUGCGAUUGGCGACCUCGAUGAGGCUGGUAAAGCGGGUGUGAAGAAGUAUGCUAAUUUCUUAAACGAGACCCUCAUCAGAGGGGAGAUCACCAAGAAUCUUGGUCAAAUGGAAAAGUUCCUGGCAGAGCAUCCUGGCAAAUACUUGUCUGGAACGGACAAACCUGGCAGUGGUGAUUUCCAAGUCUUCUUCCCGAUCUACUCUCUGUUGGAAGGCACGAGAAAAGGAGUGUAUGAAAUUGGGCCGGCAACUCAAGCAUGGUGGAAGAUGGUCAUGGCCAGACCCGCCGCAAAGCGAGCUCUCGAGAGGCAGAACGAGGAAGAGGAGAGAGCAAAGGCGAAGAUCUGAGCAGCCAGGGACGUUAUUAUGCAUACAAUGACAA